AAUCUCUUUUCGUUUUCAAGAUGCCGCCCAAGAAGGACGCGAAAUCCUCGGCAAAGCAGCCCCAGAAGACCCAGAAGAAGAAGGAAGGGUCCAGUGGUGGCAAAGCCAAGAAGAAGAAGUGGUCCAAAGGAAAAGUACGUGACAAGUUAAACAACCAAGUGUUGUUUGACAAGCCCACAUAUGAGAAACUCUACAAAGAAGUACCACAGUAUAAACUGAUCACACCCGCUGUUGUCUCUGAAAGAUUGAAAGUAAGAGGUUCCCUCGCGAGAAGAGCACUCAUUGAACUCAGAGAAAAAGGCUUAAUCAAGCAGGUAGUCCAACACCACGGCCAGGUGAUUUACACAAGAGCAACUAAGGGAGAUGACCCUGUUGCGUAAAUUAUGAUUAAGUUUAAAUAAAACAAAAACCAA